CGCAGGCGAAAAACCGCUGACAAGAAACAAAACCCUAGCAAGUGCACAGGUAAAGCGAGAAAAUGUCAUCCGACCAUCGUACCUGCCCGAUGAAUGGCCACCAGCACAAUGACCUGGCUCAUACAAACGGGAGCACAUCGGAAGCACGAGAGGAAUUUUUGGCCAGCUUCAAGCGUCCGGAUCUACCAUCGCGCUGUACCUGGACGGCCGAUACUAAGGAGCCGAGCCCACAUCAUCAUAAUGAGCUUACUCCUCGCCCAAAACACUUGCAAACGAUUCUUCAAGCCGUCGGUAACACGCCACUGGUCAAACUGAACAAAAUCCCCCAAGCCGCCGGCUUGAAAUGCAAUCUCUAUGCCAAAUGCGAAUUUCUUAGCCCGGGUGGCUCGGUGAAGGAUCGCAUCGGGCUGCGUAUGAUCGAGGAAGCUGAGCGGAAGGGUCUGCUGAAGCCAGGUUGUACCAUCAUCGAACCGACUUCCGGAAACACCGGCAUUGGGCUGGCCAUGGGCGCUGCCGUCAAGGGCUAUAAAUGUCUGAUCGUCAUGCCGGAGAAGAUGUCAAACGAAAAGGUCGACACGUUGAAGGCUCUCGGUGCCCAAGUGAUUCGCACGCCAACCGAGGCGGCAUUCGAUUCACCGGAAGGACUGAUAGCUGUCGCACAACGUCUACAGCGGGAGAUUCCCGACUCAGUCGUGUUGAAUCAAUACACCAAUGCAGGCAAUCCAUUGGCUCACUACGAUGGAACGGGAGCGGAGAUUUUAGAUCAGUUAGACGGUAACGUAGACAUGGUGGUUGUCGGUGCAGGAACCGGCGGAACCGUCGCUGGCAUCGGUAGAAAAAUCAAGGAAGUUAAACCUAAUUGCGUAAUCGUUGGGGCCGAUCCGGAAGGAUCGAUUUUGGCAUUGCCAGACGCAAUGAAUAAGUCGGAUGUAUCCUUUUAUGAAGUUGAAGGUGUAGGAUACGAUUUUAUUCCGACGGUACUGGACCGGAGUGUGGUGGAUCGCUGGGUUAAAUUCAACGACAAAGCCGCUCUGCCGAUGGCACGUCGUCUGAUAGCGGAAGAAGGCUUCCUCUGUGGAGGAAGCAGUGGUGGAAAUGUGGCAGUUGCUUUGGAGGCUGCCAAAGACCUCGUGGAAGGACAAAACUGCGUCGUUAUUCUACCGGACAACAUUCGCAACUACCUAACCAAAUUCGUUUCGGACAACUGGAUGGAGGCUCGCAAUUUUAAACCUUCCACCAAUGUUCACAAUCAUACGUGGUGGAAUAACCCCAUAACGAACUUGAACCUUGCAACACCACUGACGAUCAGUCCGUCGGAAACGAUUCGAAAGGCAAUCGACAUCAUGAAGACCAACAACGUAAACCAGCUGCCAGUGAUCGAAUGGGACUGCACGAUCAAGGGAACUGUCUAUCUGCCGAAUGUGAUGAGCAAACUGCUUAACCGAUUGGUCACACCGGAAGAUCCCGUAUCUCGAGCGAUAUUUAAGUUGUUCGUCAAGAUCGACCAAACGGACUGCGUCGGGCAUGCCUCGCGUAUCUUGGAGAAAGACCCAUUCGUACUGAUUGUGCGCAACGAGAAACAACAAUCAGACUCGGAGAAACCUAAGCCCGUAGAAACACUCGUAGGAAUCGUAACGCAACGUGACAUGCUGAACUACGUUGUUGACGCGGAAAACCUGACCAACGGAGCCUUGUCAGGAAGAACCAGAGUGUCGAACAGAAUGGGACUUGAACAUCGUCAGUGCCCCAUGAAUGGACAUGGACAUUCAGAUGAUAAAACCAAUUCGGCUCAAGAUUUUAACGCAUACUUCGUGCGUCCUGAUUUGCAAUCCCGAUGUACCUGGAAGCUGGGAACACAAGAAGCUAAUCCCCAUCCGAAUUUGGCACCCAUCCACAACCCAAAAGCGAUCAAUAACAUUUUGGAGGCAAUUGGAAAUACUCCUUUGGUCAAACUUAACAAAAUCCCCCAGCAAUUCGGAGUAAAAUGUAACGUUUAUGCGAAAUGCGAAUUCCUCAAUCCGGCCGGUUCGGUCAAGGAUCGCAUCGGCUUGCGUAUGAUCGAAGAAGCCGAAAAGCGAGGCAUACUAAAGCCAGGCUAUACCAUCGUCGAGCCGACUUCCGGCAACACCGGUAUCGGUUUGGCGCUUUCCGCUGCCAUCAAGGGCUACCGCUGCGUGAUCGUUAUGCCGGAAAAGAUGUCCAACGAAAAAGUGGACACGCUGCAGGCUCUCGGUGCCGAAGUUAUCCGUACACCGAACGAGGCCGCAUUCGAUUCACCGGACGGACUGAUCGCAGUCGCACAGCGAUUACAGCGAGAAAGACCAAAAGCAGUCAUCCUAAACCAAUACACCAACUCGUGCAAUCCAUUGGCGCAUUACGAUGGAACCGGGACGGAAAUCCUAGAACAACUGAAUAAUAAGGUCGACAUGGUAGUAAUGGGAGCGGGAACUGGAGGAACCGCCACCGGCUUGGGUAGAAAACUAAAGGAAACCAACCCCAACUGUAAAGUGAUUUGCUCUGAUCCGUUGGGAUCGAUUCUUGCUCAACCGGCACAACUGAAUGAAACGGAUUGCAAAUUUUGGGAGGUCGAAGGUGUCGGAUACGAUUUUGUGCCAACGGUACUGGACCGGUCGGUUGUAGAUAAAUGGAUUAAAUACAACGACAAAGAUGCUUUGAAUAUGGCCCGGAAAUUAAUCGCAGAGGAAGGUCUUCUCUGCGGGGGCAGUGCUGGUGCAAACACAUACGUUGCUCUAAUGGCUGCAAAGGAACUAAACGAAGACCAAAACUGCGUAGUGAUCCUACCGGAUAACAUCCGCAACCAUCUGACUAAAUUCGUGUCGGAUAAUUGGAUGGAAGCUCGUAAUUUCAAGGAGAGCGUUAACGUACACAACCACAAAUGGUGGGACCUGCCGAUUGGAACUACCUUAAAACUGGUUAAUCCGGUGACCAUUACCCCAGAAGUUUCGAUCAAAGAAGCUAUCGGAAUAAUGAACAGCCACCGCUUCAACCAGCUGCCGGUAAUCCAAUUCGACGGAACGGUCAGGGGAGUGGUACACUUGCCCAAUCUGGUUGCGAAGAUGGUAAACUGUAUGGUGAAACCAACGGAUCCGGCUUCGCGUGCUAUUUUUAAACAAUUCGUCAAAGUAAACCGCGAGUGUACCGUCGGAAAGGUUGCUCGAAUUCUGGAGAAGGAUCCGUUCGUGUUGGUAACGGAAGAGGAAAAAAUUCAAACCGAAAACGAAACAUUAGUGAAAAGAGAAAAAGUGGUUGGAAUCUUGACUCAACGGGAUAUUUUGGACUUCCUUGCGAAAUGA